GCCCCCACAGACAAUACUCUGGGUAUUAUUAACGGAAAUGGCUAAGAAUAGAGAGGAGAGGAGCGAGGUGGCUCCUCUGGCGCUCACGUUGUUUGGGUUAAACACGCCAAAACGGAAUGUCUUCUUUACAAAAAGGCCUUCUUUGGCGUGCAUGUUGGGUGUGGUGCAGUCACACGACGCAAGAGGUUGAUCCGAAGGGCUAGAUCAGGCUUUCAUGCACAGCAGAGACAAAGCACGGUGGCUGCGAAGAGUUCUACUCUUCUUUAUAAAUGGCUUUGUUGGGCUUUACAGUUUGGAUUUAUGAGCCAUGAUCCCCAUCACUGAGCUGCGGUACUUUGUGGACACACAGCCAGCAUACCGCAUCCUAAAACCAUGGUGGGAUGUGUUCACCGACUACAUCUCCAUUGUUAUGCUCAUGAUUUCGGUGUUUGGCGGCACACUUCAGAUCACCCAGGACAAGAUGAUCUGCCUUCCCUGCAAAUGGAUCGUCAAUGAAACCUGUAAAAAGAACUUCAGCUCCACCCUGUCCACAUCCUUCCUAUUGGAGCCUAAAGGGAUCCAGUACAAUCUGGAUCGCCAUCAGUACAAUUACGUUGAUGCAGUGUGCUAUGAAAAUAAGUUACACUGGUUUGCCAAGUACUUCCCCUACUUGGUAUUACUCCACACUCUUAUUUUUCUAGCCUGUAGCAACUUUUGGUUCAAAUUUCCUCGGACUAGCUCCAAACUGGAGCACUUUGUAUCCAUCUUGCUUAAAUGUUUUGACUCUCCAUGGACAACCAGGGCACUGUCGGAGACGGUGGUCGAAGAAAGUGAUCCCAAACCAAUGAAGAUGAAUGGAUCGUUUGACCACAAGGAGUCUGUGAUAAGUGAGGAUGUUGAAGCAAGUGUUCCAAUGAUUCAGAAAACAAAGACGCGUUUUGAGCAAGGCAUCGUUGACAGAACUGAAACGGGUGUUUUGGACAAGAAAGAAGGAGAACAGGCAAAAGCCCUAUUUGAAAAAGUGAAGAAGUUCCGUAUCCAUGUGGAAGAAGGAGACAUCGUGUACAGAUUAUACAUCCGUCAGACUAUCAUCAAAGUAAUCAAGUUCAUUUUAAUAAUCUGCUACACGGGGUAUUAUGUUCAAGACAUUCAGUUUAAUGUGGACUGCUCUGUGAAUAUAGAAAACCUGACUGGUUACAGAGUGUACCACUGUGCUCAUCCACUGGCGACACUUUUUAAAAUCUUGGCGUGUUUCUAUAUUUCCUUAGUGGUCGUGUACGGACUAAUCUGCAUGUACACACUCUGCUGGAUGCUGCGGCGCUCUCUGAAGAAGUACUCCUUUGAAUCUAUCAGGGAAGAGAGCAGUUACAGUGAUAUACCCGACGUGAAGAAUGACUUUGCAUUUAUGUUGCACAUGAUAGACCAGUAUGAUCCUCUAUACUCCAAACGUUUUGCUGUGUUCCUCUCAGAAGUCAGUGAAAAUAAGCUGAGACAGCUCAACCUGAACAAUGAGUGGACGCUUGACAAGCUCAGGCAGAGGAUAACCAAGAACUCUCAGGAGAAGUUGGAGUUACACCUUUUCAUGCUGAGCGGCAUUCCAGAUACAGUGUUUGAUCUGAUGGAGUUGGAAGUUCUCAAACUGGAGCUUAUCCCAGAUGUUACCAUCCCACCGAUCAUUGCGCAGCUCAUCAACCUCAGAGAGAUGUGGCUCUAUCACACUCCAGCCAAAAUCGAAGCUCCUGCCUUGGCUUUUUUGCGAGAGAACCUCAAGUCUCUUCACAUCAAGUUCACCGACAUUAAAGAAAUUCCUUUAUGGAUUUACAGUUUAAAGAACCUCAGUGAGCUUCACCUCACAGGGAACCUGAGUGCUGAGAAUAACCGUUAUAUUGUCAUUGAUGGGCUCCGCGAGCUCAAGAGGCUCAAAGUUCUCCGCCUGAAGAGCAACCUCACCAAGCUACCUCAAGUUGUGACCGACGUGGGUUUACACCUCCAGAAGCUCUCUAUCAACAAUGAAGGCACCAAACUGAUGGUGCUGAACAGCCUGAAGAAGAUGGUGAACCUUACCGAGCUGGAGCUCAUUCGCUGUGACCUGGAGCGCAUCCCCCACUCCAUCUUCAGUUUGCACAACCUACAGGAGAUUGAUCUGAAGGACAACAACCUAAAGACCAUUGAGGAGAUCAUCAGCUUCCAGCAUCUUCAUCGGCUGGUGUGCUUAAAGCUCUGGUACAACCAGAUUGCCUACAUUCCCAUUCAGAUUGGCACUCUGACCAAUCUGGAAAAGCUGCAUCUGAACAGAAACAAGAUUGAAAAGAUUCCCAGCCAGCUGUUUUAUUGCCGGAAGCUACGAGUCUUAGACUUGAGCCACAACAACUUGACGUACAUUCCAACAGAUAUAGGAUACCUUCAGAAUCUACAGUACAUGGCAGUGACAGCCAACCGGAUCGAGACACUGCCAAAUGAGCUGUUCCAGUGCAAAAAACUUCGCACCUUGAACCUGGGGAACAACUGCCUCCAGUCCCUUCCAUCACGCUUCGGAGAGCUGACCGCACUGACUCAGCUGGAGCUCAGAGGAAACCGUCUGGAGUGUUUGCCUGUGGAGCUGGGAGAGUGCAGACUGCUGAAGAGAAGCGGUCUUGUGGUCGAAGAGGACCUCUUCAACACGCUGCCCACUGAGGCUAAGGAGCAGUUGUGGAAAGCUGACAAAGAACAAGCAUGAACUUGUUUGUGAGGAAACCAAACGAUACCGUCCGCUUUGGUCAGGAUACAGAGUGGAAGCCCAUGGUGUCCCUGAGGCAGAAAGAAACAGGAUGUGCUCCCGCUUCAGUGUACUGCCAGUAAAGUUAGGUAUUAAACCAGUGCCAGUUUAGCAGACCAAAUGCUGACUCUGGCAUCUGCUGCUUGUUUUUUAUUUCUCUUUUGUAAAACUUCCGAGGCCAGUUCCAUUAUGAUCUCGAUAUUUUGUUUACAGUAUAAUUUUGUGGUAUUAAUGGUUUAGAGGAAAAAAAAUGUAAAAGAAAAUUAUUGGCCAACUGAACAUAUGUGGACUGCUCUGAAUUCCAAAAUAGGUCCCUAUUUAUAUUUUUUUAAAUAUUAUGUUUACUCUUGGGGGUUUAUAUGAACAACCAAAGUUAAAUUGCCAACCUUACAAAGUAAACACUUUUCUACAAGGUGUAGCAGCGUAUCUCUUGUACAACACUAAUGUUAACCUAACUAAAACAUGGAUCAUAGUGUUUCUGCUCUUCAUUGUGGGCUGUGGUUCUUAGAUACCUGUGCUGGCUUGGUUGGUAAAGUCUUGAAAAUAUGACUUGAAACACAUUAGAGGUAACUGAAAGUGCUGUAGUCAGAAAUAUAAAGUUGUCUUUAGGGAAAUUACUGUACAUGGUCAGACUUGGUUUGAGGUUUGAGCAUAAUUUGGAUUUCUGACCUCAUACUGAAGCUGUUUGUGUUCUCAUCCUCAAGUUUAAGGAUAAAUCUUUCCACAAAAUGCUACUUUAAACAGCCAUCAUUAGGAAAUGUUUUGUACAACUAAGUCUCAGGGUGUGUUGGGGGUUUUUUAUAGGUGGAGUGGAUCAAAUUCUGUUUGGUGUCCUCUGUUUGUAUCUUAAAAAGAAAAUUCAAAUGGAAGUAGAUUUUGAACAAAAAUUUUUAAAAAUUUGUCACUUUUGAAGUUGGAUGUAGUGGAGAGAAUGAGAACAUUUAGUAUCUUACUUGCUGUAGGUCUUGAUAACAUUUUAGAGAAGAGGCUUGGAUCAUUUAAUCAGGGUGACUUGUGUCCAGUAGGAAGAGUAGAUGUCUUGUAAUCCGGAAGUUGUGGGUUUGAUUCCAGGAUCUGCCACUUAAGGGUUCCCAUGGGCAGCACACUUAACCACAAACUCUUUGAGUAAUUGGUAUAACUUGAAAAGAACUGCAUAAAUUCAAUCCAAUAACAAUUAAGCUAACAUCCAAGAAUGGGCCAAGAAAACAUUUUGGCAAGAUAAAUAUUUUUUAGCAGUCUAUAAUGAUAUUUGAACCUUUGCACAUUGUCACUUUUGUGAAAAACAUCCUUUACAUAAAAACCCAGGUUAAGUGGUCAAGAUUUUUGUGGCCUGUUGCCAGUUGCAUUGUUUGUGAAACAUGUUGUAAACUAGUUGUGUGUAACAAAAUUUCUAUUUAAAUAGCAUUUAAAUGCAAAGAAGGGCACCGUUUAAUUUCUAAAUUUCAAAAUUUUCAUGAUUUGAAAUUAAAGCCAAUUAGAUUUGAACAAAAAAUUACAUUUUAUUUAGUAAAAGUGGAGAAAGAAAAAUAUGGCUUCAAAUUAAUAAAGAAAUUGUAGAAUUAGCUGUCUUAACAGUAAGGGUUUGUCUUUGUUGUGUGGUUUGGUGUUAUGUAGUGUUUAAGCGUCUACAGCAUGCCACUAUGACAUAUUUAUGGUAUUAUCAAAACUAAAAUGCUAUGGGUUAAUAUCAUCAUGGUAUUAAUACAAACUUUUAAAUAAAAACUUCUCAGCAUGAUUGCUUUUAUUCAAAACUGUUCUCCAGACAUUUUGAGGUUUACAUGAAAGACUUACCUUAGUAAGAGUGAUUGGGGCUCUUCUUUACUCCCCACAUGUUGACCUUGACUGUUGUGUCUUUGUGACCAUUAAUAUUUGGGAACAGUCUUUUUUUUCUGCAAGCAUUAAAAAAUUCAGGAGCAGUCUGUCAUCCAGUUGGAGAAAAACUAUAAUCACUUUUAUAUUAACGAGUGGCUCUUUGAAGCUUUUCUGUACCUUGAUAUCAUCACACAGGCCCAGUCCUAAUUCACACAGAUAGAAAAUAUUUAUUUGUAGUCACCACCACUUAUAGAAGGGGAUACUCCUGCUCUUUGUGUUGCUCUUUUGUGUAACUCUUGUCGUUUUUACUCGUUCUACAUUUGAAGUUACUUUUGCAGCUAAUAUUGCAUUCUUGCUUUGUUACAAUACCGGUCAUAACUUUAUUUUUAUAUAAGCUAACAAGUAAAGGUUUGGAAAUCUAACUUGAGUUUGUUGAACUAAAAUGUGCAAAAUUCAUUUAUUGUUCACUUUAUUUGUCACAUGGAUCUCAUGUUUAUAUACCCAAUUAUGUUGUAAUUUAAAGUUGUUUUUUUCUCAACUGUUGUAAGUGUUCAAAUUUAAGUAAAAUGGGUUUUAUCUUAUAUUUAAAGGUCACUUUUCUAGGGUUUCUAAUAUUAAAACAAGCAAAAAAAACCUUUGUUAUUUGGUGUUCAUGAAGUAAUGCAGUAAGGGAAGACUGUUUUUCUUCCCUGAAUAAAAGUGUGAAAAAACACUCAGACAAGUAACAGUCUACACUAUUUUAACUGCUGAAAAGUAUGAAACAUAUUUUAAGCCAUGUUCAUCUAAUUCAGUAGCUUGUGUAGUCACAAUAAAUUGUGCAAUAUUGCUUUCCUUUAAACUAAAUGUGGGUUUCACAGGUUUGGGGGCAUCAGCAUCCUUUUUGAUGCACUUGUUUUUUUUUACUACAGUGAUUUAAAAUAUUGUAGAUGAAGUAGGUCAUUUAAAAUUAUGUUUUUCUGGAGAAUGCUUUUGCACUCUAGCACCUUUUCCCACAAUGUUUUGCAAAUGUAAUAAUGGCACAAAACUAACAUAUACGAGAUGUAUUGUGUUUGUCUUGUUCUUGAGUAAUUGCAUACCAUAAAAACAAAGUGUGUAAAUUAAGAUUCAGUACCUUUAAUACUUACAUUACCUGUUGGACAUAGUCCUCUUACUAAGACAAUCAACAUUUUUGACCAACUGUAAAAUAAAAAUGAAGUUGUAGUGAGUAAACAUUUACCAUAGACUGCUUGGAUAGUUAUCCGUGUAUAGACUGUUUUCGUCUCUUUUGUUCUCUUUUUUUAAACCUUUUAUAACUUUUCUUCUAUUAUGUCAGGUGUUAUAUUGAAAUAGUUUCUCAGGAAUACAGCUAGAACUCUUCUUUUUUUAUGGGUUGCCUAUUGUUUUUUUUAUUCGUUUUUUGUAAUACACAUGGUUUUUGUUAAGAUCUAAACUUAUAGGACCAUUUUGUGUGCUGUUUUCAUUAUUAUUUUUUUUAUAUGUUUUGAGAAAAUAAAAUCCUUGGCUUAAUAAUUAACUACAUUUUUACCACUGAUAAUGUGUAAACUACAUGAAUAAAGCUACUUUUUAGAUGUGUUGUAUUACAAAGGACAAGUCUGUGUGUUUGAAUUAUAGGGCUUUCUUCAUGCUGUUGGUCAUGAUAGAUUUUUUUCUCUUUUUUCGUGGGUACAAAAAUCAUCAGUUUCUCUUUUCCAAUAAAAUGUGCUCAUUCA